AUCAUCAUUAUUUAUACAAAUACUUUAGUUUUUCUUUUUUUUUUUUUUUUCUAUAAUUAAUUAAAUAUUUAAUAAUAAAUAAUAAAAUGAUUCCAAAAUCAAAAGCUGAAGGUGUACCAGACUUUGUACUUUUAAACCAAAUCACUGAAAAUGCAUUCAUCGAAAAUCUCAUCACAAGACAUAAAACAGAUAAUAUCUAUACCUACAUUGGUGAUGUAGUUAUUUCAUCAAAUCCAUUUAAAAAAAUGAAUAUCUACAACGAAAGUGAUAUUAAAAAUUAUAAUGGUAGAUAUAAAUAUGAAAUGCCACCACAUAUUUAUGCUCUUGCAAAUGAUGCAUAUCGUUCAAUGAGACAAAAUCAAGAAAAGCAAUGUGUUAUUAUUUCAGGUGAAUCAGGUGCUGGUAAAACUGAAGCAAGUAAAAAGAUUAUGCAAUUUUUAACUUUUGUUAGUUCAAAAUCAAACGAAGGUGAAAGAAUUUCAAAGAUGCUUUUAGAAUCAAAUCCAUUACUUGAAGCAUUUGGUAAUGCUAAAACUUUAAGAAACGAUAAUAGUUCACGUUUUGGUAAAUAUAUGGAAAUGCAAUUUAAUCCAGUAGGUUCACCAAUUGGUGGUAAAAUCACAAAUUAUUUAUUAGAAAAAUCAAGAGUAGUUGGUAGAGCUAAUGGUGAAAGAAGUUUUCAUAUCUUUUAUCAAAUGUUAAAAGGUUUAUCACAAUCAAAAUUAAACGAACUUGGUUUAACUCCAAAUGCAUCAUCUUAUGACUAUCUUAAAAAAAGUGGUUGUUUUGAUGUCUCAACAAUUGAUGAUAGUGCAGAUUUUAAAGCUGUUAUUAAAGCUAUGGAAACAUUAGGAUUAAAAGAAAAUGAUCAAAAUUCAAUUUGGAGAAUUUUAUCAGCAAUUUUACAUAUUGGUAAUAUUUCAUUUGUUGAAACUUCAGAACAAAAAACAGGUACUACAACAGUUAGAGUUGCAGAUCAAAAACCAUUAGCAGCAGUAUCACAAUGUUUAAAAACAGAUCCACAUGCAUUAUCAAUGGCUUUAUGUUAUCGUUCAAUUAGUACAGGUGUUGGUAAACGUUGUUCAGUUAUUUCAGUACCAAUGGAUGUAGCUCAAGCUACUUUUAGUAGAGAUGCAUUAGCCAAAGCUCUUUAUGAACGUUUAUUCCAAUGGUUAGUUUCAAAGAUCAAUACAAUUAUCAACUCACCAGAAAAAGGACCAGUUAUUGGUAUUUUAGAUAUUUAUGGUUUCGAAGUUUUCGAUACCAAUUCAUUCGAACAAUUAAAUAUCAAUUAUUGUAAUGAAAAACUUCAACAACUUUUCAUCGAAUUAACUUUAAAGAGUGAACAAGAAGAAUAUAUCCGUGAAGGUAUUGAAUGGCAAAACAUCGAUUACUUUAACAACAAACCAAUUUGUGAAUUAAUCGAAAAGAAACCAAUGGGUCUUGUAUCUUUACUCGAUGAAGCUUGUCUUAUUGCAAAGAGUACCGAUGAAACUUUCCUCCAAUCUAUCUGUAAAAACUUUGAAAAGAAUCCACAUUUCCAAUCAUAUCAAUCAUCAAGAGAUCGUUCCAUUGGUGACACUUGUUUCCGUAUGAAACAUUAUGCCGGUGAUGUAACUUAUGAUGUUAGAGGUUUCCUUGAUAAAAAUAAAGAUACUCUUUUUGGUGAUUUAAUCACAUGUAUGCAAUCAUCAAGCGAUUCAUUAAUCAAUGGCCUCUUCCCACCAACUCGUCCAGAAGAUUCAAAGAGAAGACCAGAAACUGCAGGCAGUCAAUUUAGAAAUGCCAUGAAUGCUCUUAUCACAACUUUAUUAGCAUGUUCACCACACUAUGUCCGUUGUAUUAAAAGUAAUGAUAACAAACAAGCUGGUAUUAUCGAUGAAGAAAGAGUAAGACAUCAAGUACGUUAUUUAGGUCUUUUAGAAAAUGUUAGAGUACGUAGAGCUGGUUUUGCUAAUCGUCAAACCUAUGAAAGAUUUGCCACUCGUUACAAGAUGUUAUCUAAAGCCACUUGGCCAACAUUCAAUGGCAAUGCCAAACAAGCUACUGAAGCUAUUCUUGCAGCACACAACAUCAAAAAAGAAGAGUAUCGUAUGGGUAAAACUAAAAUCUUUAUUAGAAAUCCAACUACCCUCUUUUAUUUCGAAGAGAAGAGAGAAAGUGAAAUGCCAAGAAUCGUUACAUUAAUCCAAAAGACAUGGCGUGGUUAUAAAGCACGUUCUAAAUGGAAUCAACGUAAAGCUGCAAUUAAAAUACAAUUAUUCUACCGUACCUAUCGUUAUAAGAAAUGGUUCAGAGAACUCCACAGAGCAUUUAAAGAUGUCUCUAAAGAUCCACAAUGGGGUCGUUAUGUUUUCUGGCCAAAACAUCCAUCAAUUUUAGAUAGAGCCGUCGAAUUAACUCACAAGAUUCACAACUGUUGGAGAGCUGAAAAGAUGGUACUCUCAUUAGGUGCAGGUCAAGCUCACAUGAGACAAAAGGUAUUGGCUUAUGAUAUUUUCCAUGGUAAAAAGAAAUGGGACUUUAGACGUCAUUUCGAUGCAGAUUAUCUCGAAAAACCAACAAAUCCAAAUCAAUCCAAAUAUGUUAAUGCAAUGCAAAAACUCUUUGCAACCUAUGGUGAUACCGAAGUUUUAUUUGCUGACUAUGUUAUGAAGGUCAAUCCAAAAGGUGUACCACAAAAACGUGGUAUCAUUAUCACCAACAACAAUGUCUAUAAAUUCGAUACCAACUCUAAAAUGAAAAAAUGGGGUACUCCAUUGGUUGAUGUCGCCGCCAUUUCAGUAUCACCAUUUGUAGAUACCUUUGUUGUACUUCAUUGUAAAUCACCAGCAAGAGAUUUCCUUUUAGAUUGUGGUAUCAAUGGCUAUGAAGGUGUUUCAGAAAUUACAACUGUUAUCGUUCAACAAAUUUUUAAAUUAACUGGUGUUAGAGUAACUGUAAACUUUUCAAGAAAUAUUAAUUAUAACAAUGCACGUCCAAAAGGUUCUGAUACUCAAUUAUCAUUUACACCAAUAAAUAAUGAUCCAAGAUUAAUUGGUUCACAAUUCAAAAAAAUUAAAUCUGGUCAAGCAACCAUUAAUUUUAGAGAAUAAAAAUAAAAAAAUUAAAUAAAUAAAAAAUAUUAUAUUUUGUAU